AUGAGUCACCGAUUAGACGUAACAUUAUCUGAGCGAUAUCGGCCUAAAACUAUUGAUGAUCUGGCUGGAAAUGCCUUUAUUAAGAGUGCGCUGACUUCGUUUGUUCAGAACAGAGACAUUCCGCACUUUCUGUUCUUUGGGCCUCCUGGAACUGGUAAGACAACGGCGGCUAAAGCUAUUGCCCGUUCGGUACUCCCGGGUCUGGAACGUAGUUUGAUGGAGCUGAAUGCCUCGGAUGAAAGAGGAAUAGAUGUAGUUCGUGAGAAAAUUAAGGCCUUUGCCGCUUGUUAUAGUAUGCAAGGCGGUCCUUAUAAGAUAGUUAUUCUGGAUGAAGCCGAUUCAAUGACUAAAGAUGCUCAAAAUGCGCUUAGAAGGAUUAUUGAGCAGUACUCUAAGAACGUGCGGUUUAUUAUCAUUUGCAACUACUCAACGAAGAUCAUUCCAGCUAUUAAAUCCCGUUGUGCUCCCUUUCGGUUUGCUCCCAUCACUAAGCCAGAGAUUAUAGCGUACGUGCGGUCGGUUGCCUACAAAGAAAGAAUUGAGAUCACUGAUGAGGCUUUAGAUGCCCUGGCUGUUUAUGCUAAUGGAGAUUUAAGAAGAGCUAUGAACAUCUUGGAAGGUCUGUCUAUUCAAGGGUCAAUUACGUUGGAUAGUAUGCGGAUGUAUUACGCUGGUACGGGACAUGGCCAGAUUGAAAAGUUCUACCACAGUCUAUGGGUGGAUGGGUUUACUUCAUUAAAGACUACUUUGGUGGCGAUCAAGCGAGAACUAGGUCUGGGUAUCAAGGAAAUCAUUGCGCAGAUCUCUGAGUAUCUUAAAGAUUCGGAUAACAAAGAAGCAGCGGAUAUUAUGAACGAGCUUUCGGAAAUUGAGCACCGGGUUAGUACAGGAUGCUCGGAAGAAGUGCAAGAGAAUGCGAUGCUGGCUUCGUUUGUAUUAAGACAAUAA